CACUCUUUCAGCCCUUGAAUAAAAACUGCACCCAACUUCCCAGGCGCCCUCAUUGCCCAGCCGGACCCCCAGCCCCUGAUAGGUUCGGUCCGGCCCGCUCGCCCCGUGUUCCGCCGGCCCCCGCCCAGCGCCCUGGACCCUCCGGCAGCCCCGCGCUCGCUCUCUCGGUUCGCUCGCACCAUGGACAAGUUUUGGGGGCGCUUAGCUUGGGGACUGUGCCUCCUGCAGCUGAGCCUGGCGCAGAUCGAUUUGAAUAUAACCUGCCGAUACGGAGGUGUGUUCCACGUGGAGAAAAAUGGUCGCUACAGCAUCUCCAGGACAGAGGCCGCUGACCUCUGCAAGGCUUUCAACAGCACCUUGCCCACCAUGGCCCAGAUGGAGAAAGCCCUGAGUAUCGGGUUUGAGACCUGCAGGUACGGGUUCAUAGAAGGGCAUGUGGUGAUCCCCCGUAUCCACCCCAACUCCAUCUGUGCUGCAAACAACACAGGGGUGUACAUCCUCACAUCCAACACCUCUCAGUAUGACGCGUACUGCUUCAAUGCCUCAGCUCCACCUGAAGAAGAUUGCACAUCGGUCACACAACUGCCCAAUGCCUUUGAAGGACCAAUUACCAUAACCAUCGUCAACCGCGAUGGCACCCGCUAUAGCCAGACGGGUGAAUACAGAACGAACCCUGAAGACAUCAACCCCAGCAGCCCCACUGACGAUGAUGUGAGCAGCGGAUCCUCCAGCGAGAGGAGCACUUCGGGAGGCUACAACAUCUUCCACACCCACCUUCCAACUGUAUACCCGACCCAGGACCAAGACAGUACCGGGGUGUCUGACAACACAGAGCAUACCCCCAUUACCAUUACUUCAACUGUGCACUCAAACAGCCACGCAGCAGUUCAGGAGCAAAAUCAUUGGAUGUGGUCCUGGUUUGGUAACUCACAGCCUAAGACUCAGGAUCACACAGCAACAGCAACAACAGCUUCGAUGAGCUCUAGUGGUACAACUCCCAAAACAGCAACCAAGAGGCGAGAAGCCCAGGAUUGGCUUUCAUGGUGGUUUCAACCAUCAGAGUCCAAGAAUCAUCUUCACGCAACAACCAUAAUGGCUGGUAUGGAUUCAAAUAUCAUCUCAGCAGGCUGGGAACCAACUGAAGAAAAUGAAGAUGAAAGAGAUAAACACCCCAGUUAUUCUGGAUCAGGCAUUGAUGAUGAUGAAGAUUUUAUCUCCAGCACCAUUCCAACCACACCACGGCUUUUUAACCACCCAAAACAGAACCAGGAUUGGACCUCGCGAAGCCCCGGUGAAUCGAAUCCAGGAGUAUUACUUCAGACUACUACAAGGAUGACUGCAGAUGUGGACCAAAGUGGCACCAGCACUAAGGGAGAGGCCUGGCCCCGCGAACCACACUCUCCUCUCAUUCACCAUGAGCAUCAUGAUGAAGAGGAGGCUCAGCAUCCUGCAAGCACAACUCAGGCAAUCCCUAGUAGUACAAUGGAAGAAACAGCUACUGAGAAAGAGCAGUGGUUUGAGAAUGGAUGGCCUGGGGAAUAUCCCCAAUCACCAAAAGAAGACUCUCAUUCAACAGCAGGGACAGCUGCCCCAGCCCAAGACAGCUAUCCAGACCAAAGAAUGACAACUCAGAGUCAAGAGGACAGCUCCUGGACUUAUUUCUUUGACCCAGUCUCACAUCCAAUGGGACGAGAUCAUCAAACAGAAAGAUGGAUGGAUAUGGACUCCAGCCAUAAUACAACACGUCAGCCUUCUGCAGAUCCAAACACACAUUUGGUGGAAGACUUGGACAGGACAGGACCUUUUUCAGUGACAACUCAGCAGAGUCAUACUCAGAGCUUCUCUACAUCACAUGGAGGCUUGGAAGAAGAUAAAGACCAUCCAAUGACUUCUACUCCAACAUCUAGCAAUAGGACUGAUGGCAGAGGCGGAAAAAGAGGUGGACAUCUUCCUAAAGACUCAGCUACUUCAGUGGAAGGUUCUACUUCUCACUCACCAGCCACGGGGGAAUACAGGACCCUCAUCCCGGUGACCCCUGCUAACACGGGGUCCCCUGGAGUUACUGAAGUCAAUAUUGCUGGAGAUUCCAACUCUAACGUUAUUCGUUUCUUUUCAGAAGACCAAGACUCAUCAGUUCACCCCAGUGGAACAUCCCAUAUCACUCAUGGAUCAGAAUCAGCUGGCCACUCAAGUGGGAGUCAAGAAAGUGGGGCAAACCCGACCUCGGGUCCUAUGCGGAAACCUCAAAUUCCAGAAUGGCUCAUCAUCUUGGCCUCCCUCCUGGCCUUGGCUUUGAUUCUUGCUGUUUGCAUUGCUGUCAAUAGUCGAAGAAGGUGUGGGCAGAAGAAGAAGCUGGUGAUCAACAAUGGCAACGGAACAGUGGGGGACCGGAAGCCAAGCGGAAUCAACGGAGAGGCCAGCAAGUCUCAGGAGAUGGUGCACUUGGUGAACAAGGAGCCCUCAGAGACUCCAGAUCAGUAUAUGACAGCCGACGAGACACGGAACUUGCAGAAUGUGGACAUGAAGAUUGGGGUGUAACACCCAUGCCGUGGUGACCUUGGAGAGAAACGGCAGUUGGAGACAUAACCAUGAUAAGGAGCUGGGACACUUCACAGAUGCAAUGUGCUACUGAUUGUUUCAUUGGGGAUCUUUUUUUAGUAUAAAAUUUUCUACUCCUUUUUGUUUUUUGCGUUUUAUUUUUUAAAGUCAGGUCCAGUUUAUAAAAACAGCAUUGCUUUCUGAAAUGAGGGCCCAAAUGAUGACCUGCAAGAAUUUGACUGCUCCAGUUCCCACCUAGAAGCCUCCACCCCUGAGGGCAUGCUCUGGAUGGCUUCUAACAAAAGCCACAAAUACAUCUUCCUGAUCCUCGACCUUCCCUCCACUCCCCCUCCCAGGCAACAGCUGCCAGCUAAGGACAUGCCCCAGGGCUAAGAGGGAUUGGUCCCUGGGAGGAUAUUUGAAUGGGUCCACAUCCCUCCCCUCCUCCUGCAGCCCAAUCCCUGGGCAUUUCUUUCCAGUGGGGUAUGGGAUCAGAAUGUACUGGUUACACAUCCCCUUCUACAGACCCCCUGGAAAUUUUUCACAUGCUUCUGGGAAAUACCCAAAAGGUGAAGCUAUUUAUCUGUAGGAAGCUAUUUAUCUGUGUUUUUGAAAUAUUAAACCCUGGAGGUCCUUUGAUCAGUAUGAUUUUUUUUUUUUUUUGGUUACUUUGUCAGAGGCAUAAAGGGUUUAAGCUGAUUCAUAAUAAACAUCUGUACUUCUUCCACCUUAA